AUGAAAAGGAGAAUUCUGCUGACAUUGGAUACGAUUUUCUACUAUGGCCAUCGACCAUUGAGCAGAAAAAAAACACAAUUUGAUAUUUCAUUCUACACAACGACGACGACUACACCCGGAAUUUCCAUUCCUGAGGGCAAUAAAAACCGGAUAAAUAACAAAACCCUACCAGAAACUUUUACUUCUCCAUUAACUUUCAAUGAAACGUUGAAAUCCAUGAUUUCACUUAAACAUCUCAACAUGGAAAAGAAAGCGAAAUAA